AUGGAAUUUAAUUUAUUAAAUGUACGUCAAUUAAAAAUAUUUUCGUUACCCGAAGAAAUCCUUUCAUCACUUUAUAAACAAGAAGCAUUGUUGGAAGAAAAAAGUAUUGUCGAAGAUACUGUAACCGCUGUAAAUAAUGAACCUUUUAAACCAAGUUGUUUGGCGUGUGGCAUUUCGUCUUUCGAUACCUUUGAGCAGCAAAGAGCUCAUUAUAAGUUAGAGUGGCAUCGAUUUAAUGUCAAACGUCGUGCUAUAAAUCUUGACGCAGGCAAAAUUCAUUAUACUCCAACCUCUGAGCAAAAAUUUGAAGAACUCAUGAAUGAAUGUCUAACAAGUGUUUCUGAUUCCGAGACUGAAGGCUCUGAUACUUCCUUACAAGACGAUGUUUCUACUCUUGUGGACGAACUUCAAAAUGUUGAUCUUGAUGAAGAAAAUUUACCUGAUAAAGAUAUUCUGAGAUCAUCCAAGCCAAUAUUUUGGUUUACUUGUUCGAAUGAACUUCCUGAUGAUGUUUAUCUUGGUGUGUACAAGCAUGUCCUUAAGAAUAGAGGAAAUGAUCCGAAUACUGUCAUGGAAGACAUUAAAAGAUUACAAAUCAAAUCUAAUACCAAUAAACCAAGGUAUUGGACUAUGCUGAUGAUCAGUGGUGGCCAUUUUGCGGGACUUGUUUUAGAUAUUACGCAAAAUACAAAUGUGACAAACGUAGAUGAUGUUAAAGUGCAUGUUAAUAAAACUUUUCAUAGAUACACAACGCGUCGAAAGCAAGGUGGGAGUCAGGCAAACAAUGACAAUUCUAAAGGAAAAGCCAAAUCAGCUGGUGCGGAAAUAAGGAGAUAUAAUGAAUCUGCGUUACAGAGGGAUAUUCGUUUGUUGCUUGAGCAGUGGAGACCGUUGAUUGAUCAGAGUGAAUUUAUAUUUGUGCAUGCUCCGGGCAUGAACAAAAAUAUUAUCCUUCAUUAUGAUGGUGCUAUCCUGCGAAAAGAUGAUCCUCGCAUUCGAUCGAUUCCAUUUUCGACACGGCGAGCGAAAUUCAAUGAAUUGAAAAGAUGUUUCAUCGAAUUUAUCACUGUUAAAGUUUCUCAGAUGAGUGAUGACGCUCCCGAAUAA